UCUGAUUCUGAAUAAUGACAAUGAGUUGGUGACAUCCUGAGAAUUUCAGGGAACAAAUCUUUAACAUCACAAUUAAAUUUUGAUGAAAUUAAAUGCCGAUGGUUGUUAGAAUGUCUUUGCCGAGUUUUCCGACCCAACAACCAUGAACCACCUUCCUUCUUCAUCAAACAUUCUGCCGCCCUCUAUAUACAGAUACUCUGGCAUCUGGGGAGAAGCAAUCAAACUAACAAUAAUAAACAUGGCCUUGAAGCAGUGGCUCUGCUUCUCGGUCUUUCUUUGCAUUUGUAUUGGCAUUGGUGUAGCUCAAGUUCCAGCUAGCGCACCAUCCCAACCACCGCCUGUUGCCAACCCUCCCACAACACUCCCAGCUCCGGUUGCACAGCCAUUGCCACCUUCCUCAACUCCACCACCACAAGCUGCAACAACGCCUUUACCACCACCGACAUCACCUCCACCAUUGCCUCCUCCUCCAACACUACCACCACCUUUGCCAGCACCAACUCCACCACCGCCUCUGCCUCCGCCACCCUCAUUGCCCCCAGUAGCACCUCCACUUCCCCCUCCACCGGCUCUGCCUCCGGUAAUCCCAGCACCAGUGCCAGCUCCAACUGUUGCAGUGCCAGCAGUGGCGCCAUCCCCUCCUGUUGAAGCACCAGCACCUGCUCCUGCAAAGGGAAAGAAGAAGCACAAAAGGAGGAAGCAUAAGAAGAAGCAUGCCCCUGCACCUGCACCUGUGGUGCUCAGUCCACCAGCACCAGUUGCACCUGAACCAUCCGAGGAUCUGUCAUCCCCUGCACCACAACCAGAUUUGAAUGGUGGAGUUGCAAUAUACGAGAUGGGAAAGAUGUUUGGAAGGUCGGUGAGAGCUAUUUUGGUCACAUUGGUACUGAUUGCUGUCAUGAGUUAGACACUGUAUUGUACUACUUUGGUUUGCGAGAUUAUCAGUUUUUUUCAUAUGAGAGUAUUCAUUUCCAUUGGUUGUAUUUAUCAGAGUUGGAUGUGUAAUAAAGAACAGGAAUUUUCAGAAAAUACACAGAAAAGACAAAACAAUCAA